AUGCAUCGCAUUACCUUUUCCAACGCCGAUGGCUCCUCCACUUCCCCAUCAUCCAGGUCUCUCACUCUCUUCCUUAUUUCAUUCACUGUUAUUAAUAAAUUCAUAAUCUUUAUGCGCUCUGAUUUGUUGCCCCUUGUGGUGCAGCGCCCUCCCUUUUUCAGCUUCAAGAUGGGUGUUCCUUCUGCUGCUCGACAAGCCUUCAAGCUUACCGUUCUUGCUUUAGUUAUCUCCGGUAUUUUGCUGGAGCUUCUGCCGCAUCCGUUUAAGUACGGCGUCGCCACCACGAGAUUUUUUGUGGAGCAGAUAACCUCUUUUGCUGCCACUUUUGCUAUUUUCUUCUCUUGGGAGUUGACUCAUCAUUUGCAUUGGGUUUUGCAUACUAAGAGAUCCAUAUUUGCACCUCCAAAAGGAUCAGCGGCAGCUGAGACAAAUCCAAGUGAGCAUCUCCUUUCAGCUUUGGAGGAAACUAAUCCUACAUCACUUCUACGGUAUCUUGCAUAUCUUGAUCUCUGUAUGGUUUGCGAGAACAAUGUUGACACUUGGAGGCGUGCGGGGUUUUUUGAAGAAACCAGUGAAACUUACAAAAGAGUAAUUGCUGUGUGCUUGAGGCCGUUGGAACAUCUUGCGACUAAAUUAGGUGAAGGCUCUGGAAAUCCCGUUGACAAAGCUACUCAACUAUCAAAUCAGCUGUUGUCUCCAACAGAUGCACGGCCAGAUUUGAAGAACGUGGAAGAACUGUACAACUUCCAGCUAUAUGCAUGGUGUUCAAGGAGCGUUGCCUCACUGACUGCCUGCUCACGUAAAGAAGACAAGUUUGGGGUCGCUCAGCUUUCCGGGAGUAAUGCUGCCGUGGUCUCAACACUUCUGUCCUGCCUUCUUGCUGUUGAAAAUUUCAUGGGAAAGAAAACAAACCUGCAAUCCCCAAAUCAGGUUUUGGGACCUGCUGGUAUCAAAUGGGCAACUGUGAAUAGUGGAAGAGUAGAUGUUGCAGCUGGUAGGAGAAGAAGUGGUCCAGUAAAUUCGAAAGCUUAUGCUAUUGCUGAUGUUCUCAAGACUUCAAUAUACCAAAUAGUCUCUGCAUUCCAUGAUGAAAUGUUGGCUGGUGCUAAAGCAAAUCUUCUGGAGAAGAACUGGAUAACAACUGGGAAGCCACUUUUUGGUACUCGGGAGAUGCUAAUACAAAAAUUACGUAUUUUUCUUGAUUUUCGAGCUACCUAA